GUUUAAGGAAAUAGCCUGGAUGACACUAUUCAGUUGAACUUUCAGCAAGAUCCACUGCAGCUCUGAAAAAGGUGACAUUAAUAAACAUCAUGGAAAAAUUAGUUCAGAAAUUGGAUGCGCUGAUUGCUACUCCAAGAGCCGGACAUGAACCAAACAAAAGAAUUCUUCAAUUUACAUUUGUGAAAGAUACCUUUAUAAUCCCUGAUGAUCCACGGGGUAAAGAGGAACCAGAUAUUUCCACUCUGUUUCUCUCAAAAAAGAAUAUAAACAAACCAUCUGUUAAAAAAUUGGUUCAGGACUUCUUGCCGAAAUGGGAGGCAUGUUCUAGGAUCAUACUGGACUUUAAGGAACUUGACCGAUUUUCUGAAGAACCAGGAAAUGAUGACCUACCACUGGUGACUUUAGGCAAUGAGACUAUAAGGGCUUAUGGAGGGAUAUUAUAUAUAAACAUCGUAAACAAACCUUUCAAUCUAAGGAAGCCUAAUACCAAACUACUGUAUUGGGUGAUUUUUGAUGACCGAAAACGUGAACUAAUAGACCAAAGACGGCAAUGGGUGAUUCUCGCUCAGCAGUCCCAGCUCACGUUCGAGCACCUCAACACUUUCCAUUCUCAGCUCUGGUUCCAGCUCCUGCAUUGCAGACUGCAUUGGGUGAUUCUUGAUGCCAGAAAACUUGCACUAAGUCAUGGCCGGGACCUGGUUUACUCCUAUCGAGGCAUCGCCAUGGCUGUCCAGUACUUCUGGAACAUGAAUCAAACACAUACAAACAUCAUUGUGUGUGCCCCUGAAUGGAUGAAGAUGAAACAAUGUAGAAGUGUUGAAGCAACGGGUCUGUUAAAUGAAUCUGCCUUGAACUACUUCCCAUCAAAAGAAACACACUACUUGUUUGGACUGCAAGACCAUCUACAGGACUUGCUAAUCUUCAUACCAUCUGGAGCCAGUGAAUUAUGCUUCAUGGAGGCACUGGCUAAGAGGAUUGAUGGCCUUAUUGUUACCCAGUUAGAUGAGGAUACCUUCACUGGAAUAAGUAACAAACGAAUUCUUCAGUUCAUAUUCAAUGAUACCUUCAUACUACCUAAAAACCCAAAAGGAAAAGAUGGGAGAGAUCUUCAGACAAUACUUCAAUCAAACAGUGUUGACAAAGUAGAUGCAGUUAAAGAAAAGAUAGAUCAACUCAAAACGUUCUGGAAGGAUUAUUCUUCUAUCCGGAAUGAACCAAUAGAUUCUGAUUUUUACACAAGUGAAGACCACAAUCCACAGCGGGUGAUCAUAGAUGGAGGCAAUGUGGCUAAGACUCAUGGCCUUGACAUAGUCUUCUCAUGGCGUGGCAUCUUCCUGGCAGUUCAGCACUUCUGGGGAAAAGGUCAUCAUGACAUUAAAGUUUAUGUGUCAACCUGGAGGAAAUUCUCCAAGUACACAAUGGACGGUAAUUUUUCUCAUUAUCCUUUGACACACAAUCUACAGAGGCUGGCAACGGCUUACUCUGUCCAAUGCAAGACUAUAACAUAUUCAUUAACCAUAGGAAGUAAAGUAGUAGCACAGACCAAGUUUGAUAAAGCUGGAAAGUGGCUAUUUACACCUGUUUCCCUUGAUCAAUAAGUUACAUUGCUAAAACACAAACAGCACCUCCAUUUGUAGUAGGCUAGAUAACAAGCUGCAACCCAGUUUUAAUUAAAAAAAUACUUUCCUAUAACCUCUCAGACAGAGCCCAGGAACUGUCUAUGAAGUGGACAAAUCUACGGUUACACUUUACUUGAAGGUAUCUACAUAAGAGUGACAUGACACUGUCAAGAACAUGUCAUAAACAUUAUAAACAAGUCAUAAACGAUUAUGACAUUACCCUUCUGUGAUUAAGUGUCAUUCGGUUUUUGUCAUGACAAGUUACAGUAGGGUUAGGUUUAGGGUUAGUGUUAGGGUUAUGACAGUGUCAUGUCACUCUUAUGUAGAUACUUGUACCUUCAAGUUAAGGGUUACCAAAUCUACUACAAAAAUGUCCCCCAAUUACAAAAUCAUUUCAGUUAAAUGGCCUGUUGUCGGUAAUACUGCAACCUUUACUUUAGGACAAGUUAUACAUUCUGUAUUUUAAAAGUGAUUUUAUAGACUUAAAGAGACCGACAGUAAUAGCUUUCCUCUAUUUCGUGUCACACGUUGCAGAGGGUACCUACGCACUAAUAUGUUUUGGUCAAAUGUGCUCUCGAUAUUAAAUUAUUUUCUCUCUGCCAUUCCCAGGCUACACUGACAUGCUUUGACUCAGGUUUGUUUUUAGAAAUGUAUAAACAUGUGUUUAUUGUUUGUUUGUUUAGAAUAUAAACUUCAAGACCGUCUGAAAUAUUACUGCCAUAUUGUCUACGCUGAUUCUACAACUGACGAUGAUUGGUAAGUGAGAGCUUUCAUUAGAAUCAGAUAUAAAUCCCACAUGACAUUUUCACCUCUCUCACUCUCUCUCUCUUUCCAAAUAUCCUACUUAGCCUUAUGCUUGAUGAUGCCAAAACCAAUAAUGGAUGGAUUGUGACAAACGAUGAAUUCAGAAAUUAUAAACAACAAAGGAAGGAUAUGAA